AUGCUACCCCUCAGUCUUUGGCUCGCCGCCGCACUGGCCUUGGGCACCAACGCACAAUCCUCAGACAACACUGCCUCCGCGUCCGAUGUGUCUUCGAUCUCCGCAUCCAGCAGCAGAAGCGGCAGUGGCUCCAGCAGUCCUUCUGUCGUCACCUUGACUGGUAGCCAGACAUCGUCUGCUGUCUUUACUGGUGGCAUCUCGCAUUUGAACUCGACCAGCACUUCAUCUUCUUCCAGAGCCGGUACUGGCACCAGCAGCAGUGCCCAACCCACCAACACUACACCAUGCAACAACUAUCCCGAGUUCUGCAACCGCAAGUACGGAAACAUCACCGAAGUCGUCGCUCACAACGCCGCUUUCAACGUUCCGGGCAAUCUUGCGUCCAACCAAGAUCGCAGCAUCACUGUCCAGCUCAAUGACGGUAUUCGCAUGAUUCAGGGUGAGACCCACUACGUCAACGGUUCCAUCUACAGCUGCCACACGAACUGCGAUCUUUUGGAUGCAGGUACCUUCCUCAGCGAGCUCAAUGAAGUUGGUGACUGGGUUCGCGAUCACCCUUACGACGUUGUGACCAUCCUCAUUGUCAACAGCGAUUUCAUCGAGCCCGGCAAUUACAGUGAGGUUGUUCAGCAGUCCAACUUGGCUGAUUACCUCUACGAGCCUCCAUACAUUCCUAUGCGCUUGGACCAGUGGCCGACUCUUUCCGAGAUGAUUCUGUCACAGAAGCGCGUCGUCGUCUUCAUGGAUUACAACGCAGAUCAGACAAAGUACCCCUACAUCCUUGAUGAGUUCACUCACAUGUGGGAAACUCCUUUCUCUCCUACCGAUCGUGCUUUCCCUUGCACCUCUCAGCGCCCUCCAAACCUUGAUCAAAAUGCCGCUAGAAACGACUUGAUGUACCUUGCCAACCACAACCUCAACACAAAUGUCGCCCUCUUUGGCCAAUCGAUUCUGAUUCCCAACUCGGCAGAGUUGAACGUCACAAACGCAGCAGCCAUCGAGUAUGGCUCCCUCGGAGCUGCCAACGACAACUGCACUGCUAUGUGGGAUCGUCCUCCUACUUGGUUGUUGGUCGACUACUACGAUGUCGGCUCUGGUUCCGUUUUCGAAGUAGCUGCUAAGGCCAACGGUGUUGACUACAACCGUGCCUGCUGCGGUGCUACAUCCACCUCGGCUGCUGCCAAUGUCAAGGGCUCCGCAGUAGCAAUGCUUGUUGCACUUGUCGCGGCUCUCUGCAUCAGCGUUUAA